UGCUUCAACUCUCAACAGCAAACCUGUCUGACAAGAAACUUCAAAUCAGUGAAGUUUUUGUGUUUGAUCCAUCAAACCUGGCCCACCAGAUGAAUGGUUGGAGAUGUGCCAAGUAAAGAUAUCCACAAUGUUGGAUUGAAAUGGGAAAAACACAAGGCAAUUAAUUACAAACCAAAAAUUCCCAUUUUUCAUUUUCUGUUGAUUGGAAGAAUAUGCAUGGAAUCCCUCUCCCUCUAAAACUCUCCCCAUCUCAAUCUCAUCUCUCCCUUGAAAAUUGCUUGAGAUUCUCAAUACCCACUUGCAGAUUUUGCCAUGGAAUCUAUUUCAGUCCUCUUUUCCUCUCACCAAAUCCCCAAACCCUCUGGAAUUCCUUCUGUAGAUACAAGAACAAAAAGAACAACAAUAGGAGAAUUGCCGUUACUGUUUUGAGAGCAAGCUUCAAGGAGUCGCCUUACGAUGUUUUGGGCGUCCCGCCUUCUGCAACCCCCGAUCAAAUCAAGAGAGCGUAUCGGAAGCUGGCGCUCAAAUUCCAUCCUGAUGUCAACAAAGAGGCAAAUGCUCAGGAGAAAUUUAUGCGGAUUAAGCAUGCAUACAAUACGUUACUGAACUCAGAGUCUAAGCGCAACUAUGAUUUUGGAAAUCGCACAUCAGGUUAUUCUAAUUCGGCAUCCGAAAAGAGUAGAAGCAGGAAUGGCCAGGAUGAGGAAGACUUCUAUGGAUUUGGUAAUUUUUUGAGAGAUGUUCAAAUAACAAUAGAGGACCUCUUCCGUGACCUUCAAACAGAAUUCCAAAACUGGGAAGCUAGCGCCGGUUCACAAGGGAAGCCGAAGAGCUUGUGGGAGGAAUUGGCAGACAUUGGUGAAGAGUUCGUGGAGUUCCUAGAGAAAGAGCUCAACAUCACCGAUUCAAACAUUGAUUCGAAGGAUGGAGAUGAUGGGUCUGUGAAGGGAGACCCAUAUGGAAAAUCUGGGUCGGAGAGAAGCGGUGAUGAUAUUCGGAAUGAAGCCCGGAAGGAGAGCAGCAUUGAAGAGAACAUUGAUGAGAUUGAAGCCGCGCUUGCACAAUUGAAAAAGGAGCUGGGGCUAUAAUGAAGUAGGCCUUUGUAAAUAGCCAAAUGGUUACUUUCAAGGUUGUAGCUGCUAAUGGAAAGUGAUAUAGGAAGGUAAAUGGCUUACGAAAGUUUCUUGGGGGUGCGUUUGGAAGCACUAUAAAAUUGGAUUGCAAUGUUGUAAUUUCCUUCACAUUCAUAUUGGGUGGACAGGCUAAGAAACAUGAAUGCAAUUUGAGAGUGAUUUCCUCAUUAUUAAUAGUAGGAAGCUUCAUUUAAUGCUGGCAUUUCCUCUUGAUUAAACAGAAUGUUUGCAAUUUAAUUCAAUUGUGUAUCCAAACGCAUGGCCUCAGAAACUCAGCGAAUUGCACAAACAUGGCAGCAUGUGCAUUUUGCAGAGUCAGUUGAAUGAAAAUGGUGGAAGAGCUCUGACAAUCCUUGCUUAAUGUGUCCAUGAUUAUAUGUAGCAAAUCAUGGCCACAACAAGAAAAUAUAGCCAUUAAUUUUCUAUUCUAUCCCUCCCUAGGUGUCUUGUAACAUUAGCAUUUUGUAUCUCAUAUACUCUCUCAUCAGUCAUUGAUUUUUUUAGGAAAGCUAGUGUGCAGGUCUUCUCUACUCA